AAUAUUUUUGCGUGUACAUAUUAUUUUGUUUUGUGCAACGUAUAUUUUUAAAGUUUUAUUCAACAAAUAUAUCACGUAUUUAUAAUGGAAAAUCAAUCAAAAACCAAAAGAAAAGGAUAUAUGACGAUUCCGCAAAAGCAGCGUUUAAUUGAUUUAAUGUCUGAAGAACAUGCCUUAAGAUCUGGUAAAUUUUCCCCAAACUUUACCAAACAAAUUGCUGACGCAAAGUGGAAUGAAAUUGCAAAAAAAUUAAAUGCUAUUCCAGGAGGUAGCAAAAAUGCUCAAGAAUGGAAAAGAGCAUGGGCAGAUUUAAAGACAAAAACUAAGGGGAAACACUGUCUGAUAAAAAAGUAUGCAAAUAAAACAGGAGGAGGUCCUAGUUGUUCUAGUAAUUUAAAUGAAAUAGAUGAACAGAUAUUAUUUUCAUAA